AUGGAGCCUGUUCGUGUCGUCAAUCACAUUCGCAGCAUGCCAAAGAAUAUGGAGGACAAACUGCUUUCCAAGAACGACCCGUAUGGAUCGGCUGCUACCAUCAUCCGACACAAUGAGCACAAAGGUCUGGGCGACGAUGAGCUUCCCGACUACCAUGAUAAAGAAGUGAAGAGAAUCCUGAGAAAGGUCGAUUAUCGACUGCCGACGUUGCUUGCUGUGCUUUACUUGCUGUCAUUCCUGGAUCGCUCCAACAUUGGCAAUGCCAAAAUCGCCGGCAUGACCAAGACAUUGCAUAUGACGGGACACGACUACAAUAUCGCGCUUACAGUCUUCUUCUUCCCUUACGCAUUCGGCAUGAUACCGUCGAACAUGAUUAUCAAGAAGGUGAAACCCUCGCUCUGGAUGUCGUUCUUGAUGAUUUGCUGGGGUACUGCGAUGAUGUGCCAUGGUUGGGUACAGACAAAAGGAGAGCUUAUGGCAGCGAGAGCAGUCAUGGGACUGUUCGAAUCAGGCUUCAUGCCUGCGGCACAAUUCUUGUGUACGCUGUGGUACUGCAGGUUCGAAUAUCAGUUCAGAGUGGCAUUGUUCUGGUGCUCAGCAACAUUGGCUGGCGCCUUCUCCGGUCUCCUGGCAUAUGGAUUGGAGAAGAUCGACGCCGGCGGUUAUGAAGGCUGGAGAUGGAUCUUCCUCAUUGAAGGCGCUGCAACGAUCGUGGUCGGAUUCUGCAGCUACUUCCUCCUGCCAAACUCUCCUGAGACCUGCAAGUUCCUGACGCCAGACGAGAAAGUGAUUCUCCGCCGUCGCCUGGACCAGGAUGCGGGUACCAAAGAAGGCCAUGUGAUCAACAAUGGAGAGCGCUUCGACAUGAAAUACCUGGUCAAGACAUUGACCGACUGGAGGAUCUUGAUUGCUGGAGUUAUCGUCUGCGGACAGUCGAUUCCAUUCUACGCCUUCAGCUUUUUCUGCCCAACGAUCAUCAAGGAGCUCGGCUACGAGACAUGGCAGGCUCAACUCCUCACAGUGCCAAUUUAUCUGCUGGCAUGCGUCGCCACUCUGGUUCUCGCCAUCUAUGCGGACUCUCGCCAGACUCGAUGGAAGUUCAUCGUUUAUCCUUAUGCCACUGCAGCUGUCGGUUUCGUUGCUCUUCUAUGCAUCCCCCACCCCAAGCUUCCUGGACUGACUUAUGGUUUCUUGUAUCUCAUUCCGCUCGGCCUUUCUUGCGGCCUGAACGCGCAAAUCGCAUGGCUUGCAAACAACCUUGCGCCAUCGUGGCGAAGAGCCAUUGGCCUGGCCGGCAUGUGCGCGCUGGCUAAUCUUGGUGGUUCGAUUGGUGCCAACAUCUAUCUCGAGAAAGAGGCGCCCAGGUACCCAUUGGGUUUCGGCUUCAGUCUUGGUGUGCUUGUGAGCGGUAUUAUCGCGGCGUUGCUCAACAGACACAUACUGUUGAAGAUCAAUGCAGCGCGCGACAAGAUCCCGUUAUCGUCGAUUCGCAUUCAAUACACGGAGCAGCAGUUGCUGGAGCUGGGUGAUCUUAGUCCUUUGUAUCGAUAUGUGGUCUGAUAUGUCUAGAAUGUCUGUGAUAGAUCUUCAAAUGGAGUUUCCGGUGGUUCCAGACGCGCUGCGGAAUUGAAGCCCCCAAACAGCAUUGCUGUUUUCGAUAUGCCCCUCAGAUUUCCCGCUACCGCUGUGGUUACCAAUCUCAAAGCUCUGGUUGUCCCAAACUCUCGCUGGCAGCUCCUUCCGCUUGUGUUUGGCGAACAAUUGAAUCUGCUAUCUGAAUUCACUGUCCCC